UCUGCUGACGGUCUUGCUUCUGCAACUGCUAACUCGUUAUCUCUCUUCAAUAAAACACCACCAGCUUCGUGUAGUUGUCGUUACUCUACUUUACCAGUACCAGUGGCUCAAGUAUUACUGAGUGUCGUUGAGAUAUAGCCGCCAGUAGACGCAGUUUUAUAAACCCUCUUACUCUCAUUCUCGAUCUCUCCCUCUCUCUCUCUCUUUCUCUCUUAUUCUUACGUCGGACUGUCCUCAUGAAUCUUCACUGUCGUGUUUUAGUCAUCUCGCCGACGGACCAUACCGACAUACCCCCUGGUGGUUCGUGUUUUACCCCGCAGUUCUUCGUCAUAUUUUCUUACACACUUCUUAUUGCUCUUCUUACAUGAAUUGUUAUUAUUGUUACUGCGUCUUUUACCUUUUUUACGUCUCUUCCGUUUUAUUUUUACGGAAAUAAAAUAUAAAUAAAAGUUCAUUUUUAUCAGGCGGUGUUGAUUUUAUUUUUAAAUAAAUUCAAAAAAAAAAAAACAGUGCCAAGAGUGACAGUUACCUUGUUUUUGUUGCUCCAAACGGGAAUAAACCGUCGGAAUAACGAGUAAUAAAAUAAAUAAUAACAGUGGUCGGUAAAUAGACGAACAAGUGCAGCUUAAAUUUAUAAAAAUAUAUUAAGUGGGUGUCAGUGAGUUAACUAUAUUUAAAAUUAUUUUAAUUGUUAAUAUAAUUAUACUGUAUAGCAGUGAGACGUGAUUGAAAUAGAGCGAUUGUGUUAACUGAUAAAAUUCAAAUAAGUAAUAAUAAAAAGGCGGGAACGCCGAGCAGAUGAGGCCACGAUCAACCUGCGUCCAGGAGGUGGAGGAGUACCGGUGUGACCUGCGUUACGGUUAUUUCGGGAAUCCGUGUUUCUGACAACCAGACGAACAGAGAAACAGACGCUCGGUUGUGUGCCACAGCGGCCCAAGUCCUUGCGAAUACUCGAUGGAUGAGUUCCAUCCGUUCAUUGAGGCCCUCUUACCAUUCGUGAAAUCAUUCUCGUACACGUGGUUCAAUCUACAAGCAGCCAAAAGACGUUACUACAAGAAACACGAGAAACGAAUGAGUCUUGAAGAGGAGCGCCAGUGCAAAGAAGAACUUCAAAAUGAAAAAUUGGAGGUGAAGCAGAAAUGGGCCUCAAGACUUUUGGGAAAAUUGAGGAAAGAUAUUACACAGGAAUAUCGAGAGGAUUUUGUACUGAGUAUUACGGGAAAAAGGCCAGCUAUGUGUGUGCUCAGCAAUCCUGACCAGAAAGGAAAAAUGAGGCGGAUUGACUGUCUCCGACAAGCUGACAAAGUCUGGCGAUUGGAUCUAGUGAUGGUGAUUCUAUUCAAAGCGAUCCCACUGGAAUCUACCGACGGCGAGCGGUUGGAAAAGACGGCCGAAUGUGCCCAGCCGGGUUUGUGCGUAAACCCAUACCACAUCAACGUCUCCGUCCGGGAACUGGACCUCUAUCUCGCAAACUUUAUUACCAGUCACGAAGUACUAAAUGGAAUUUGCAAUGCGAACAAAGAAGAGGAGAGAAGGCGAAAAGGUGGAGGUUACCAUGAACUGUAUAACGGUGUCGUCUGCAACGACACAAUCCUCGCGACCGGUGUCUUCAGCUCCAAGGAGCUUUGGAUGCUUUCAAAAGCGUCCAUAUUGCAUGACCUCAGCGACAUGCAGCCUCAAAUAAACGCGAUCAAAAUAGAGCACCCGCCGUACUACUGCAGCAGCUAUACCCCUCCAUCCGCGGCAUCCGCCGCGGAUCACGCUCAGCCCGCGGCUAGCUUCAGUCCACCACCGGUACACCAGCUCAUAAGGAACGACAAGACUGACAAAGCGCCCACGGUAUCGGUAUCAAGUGCGCCAAGUUUUUCACCGGUACUCAGGCCCGAAGACGGCCACCGCGGAAUUGACUCACCUCAUUCUCAAACAGGGCUACAUUCACCUCAUGAAGGACUCGCUGGAGGUUCAGGGCAGGCCGGAGGAAUGUCCGGUCUUGCCUAUUAUCAACCUGAGCAUCCCGUCUCAAGCGGAGUCGUCAAGUAUCCGGAAAAUGGUCACGACACACUCUCGGACUUUGUCACGUUCGUUUGCCAAGAGGCUGAGAACACUCAGCAACUACCCCAGACCCAAUUAACUGGUCAACGCGCUGGUAUGCAAAAGUUCUCACAGUAUUAUCCGAGUUCGAUGUUGCCACCACCGCCUCCGGCUCCGAUGGCAAGGCCAGUCGCGAUAAUACGUUCGACGGGUGAGCUGACGGCCACCGGAGGCUCGGGUUCACCACCGACUUCGUCUUCAUCGCCCGCGGAUCCCUCGGAUCUUAACGCCGCGGCCGCAGCCGCACAGAACCAACAGGACCAGCAGAUGGCAGCUGCCGCCGCGGCGGCCGGACUCGUGGGUUCGAACUGUCAGAGUUCUGUUGACAGUGGACGCAAAAGUCCGACGAGAAUUCUCGUGACCGCUCCUCAUACUAGUCGAGAGUAUACUUUUGCUCACUUCCAUUCGCAACCCGGACAGCAAAUAUUUACGUACCCUACUAUCAGUUCGAUGUCCGGAGUGAUUUCACCGACGAAUCUCUCCCUCUUUUCAUCACCGGUGUCUGUCACGAGGCCAGUCGCUACCCAGAGAUCGGUUGCGAAUGUACCACCGCGUUGGAACACCGCGCCGUUUAUCAACCUCGAGGACGAUUACAAUAUGAUCGCCCCGAUUAUUGCUGGCACGCCCGGUGAACCACCUUCUAGUAUGGACGAGGAACGAUACUUUCACCCCGUGCACACGAGCAACGUCGUGGACAAAAGCGGGUCCGGGGGUUUGAUGAGUAAUGAACUCGGCGUGAAUCAGGAUCCGUCGACUCAUCAUCAUCAUCAGCAACAUCACCAACAACAACAACAGCAGCAACAACAACAACAACAACAGCAACAGCAGCAACAACAACAGCAACAGCAGCAGCAACAACAACAACAGCAACAACAACAGCAACAACAACAACAACAGCAACAACAAAUGCAAGAUAAAGAAAGAGCUAAAUCACCUCCGUGACCUUUAGAAAAUCGUUGCGCGUACGAAGAACCAACAUCAUUAAGUUCAUCACUCGUAACUUUUUUCAUGCGAGUCUCUUAAGAAAUUCAA